UCAUUUAUAUCAACAAAAUAUUAAAUUUGAACAAUUCCAAAUCAGAAAGAUUGAAUUCAACCGAGACGACAAAAUAAUAGCGGUGGCUCGUCGGCUCUCUAGCUACAGGUCUCUGUGUGGCCUACUCAAUCAUGUCUAAAAUUCAAGCCUCUUUAUUUAAACUCCCUUGUCCUUGUCCAGAUUAAAAGCAAAGUAAAGGGCAGAAGAAAAAGCAAUGGCAAUGGCAGUGACGAUGGAGGUUGGAAACGAUGGUGUCGCUGUCAUUUCCAUCUCUAAUCCUCCCUUGAAUAUCAUCAACGCUGCAAUGCUGGCCGCACUGAAGGAGAAGUUCGGUGAGGCUACUAGGAGAAGAGAUGUCAAAGCUAUUGUUUUGACUGGCAAGGGUGGAAGGUUUUCAGGGGGUUUUGAUAUCAAUGCUUUUCAGAAUCCCAGCGGUGAUACUUCGGAUCGAGCAAUUGAAUCAAUUGAUCUUGUUCUCAACACUAUAGAGGAUUGCAAGAAGCCAGUUGUUGCAGCUAUUGAAGGAUUGGCUCUUGGUGGUGGCUUAGAAUUGGCAAUGGGUUGCCAUGCUCGUAUUGCUGCUUCAAAAACUCAAUUAGGGUUGCCAGAGUUGACACUUGGGGUGAUUCCUGGACUCGGAGGUACUCAAAGUCUUCCAAGGCUUGUUGGGGUAUCAAAGGCUAUUGAAAUGAUGCUGUUUUCUAAGUCAAUAAUGUCUGAGGAAGGAAAGUUGCUUGGUCUUAUUGAUGAAAUAGCAACCUCUGAAGAGUUAGUUAGAGUGUCUCGACUACACGCUUUGGAAAUUUCUGACGGAUGUAAACCAUGGGUGCGUUCUCUCCACAGGACAGACAAAAUCGGAUCCCUGUCUGAAGCACAGGAGUUGUUAAGAACUGCUAGAGAACAAGCCAAAAGGACAGCUCCAAAUAUGCCUCAACACCUUGCAUGCCUCGAUGCCGUUGAGGAGGGCCUUCUCCAUGGAGGAUAUAAAGGGCUUCUAAAGGAGGCAGCAGUGUCCAAAGAAUUAGUUCAGUCAAACACUACGAAAGCUCUUACUCAUCUUUUUUUCGCCCAACGUGCUACAGCAAAGGUGCCAAACAUUACUGACGUCGGCCUCAAACCAAAUCAUGUCAAGAAAGUUGGUAUCAUUGGUGGAGGCAUAAUGGGCUCUGGAAUUGCUACAUCUCUUAUCCUUAGCAGCGUAACUGUUUUCCUCAGGGAAAUCAACUCUGAAUAUCUUCUAAAAGGAAUGAAAACAGUUGAAGCAAAUAUCCAAAGCCUGGUAGCUAGAGGAAAAGUGACACUGGAUAAGGCGAGAAAAGCCCUUUCUAUGCUCGAAGGAGUUUCUGACUAUUCAGAAUUUAAGGAAAUGGAUAUGGUCAUAGAGGCGGUUAUUGAGGACAGUCCAUUGAAACAAGAAAUAUUUAGCGAGCUCGAGAAGGUCUGCUCUUCUCGCUGCAUUUUGGCUACAAAUGCAUCCUCCAUUGACCUUAAUGUAAUUGGAGAAAAGACCAAAUCACAAGAUCGUAUCAUUGGGGCUCAUUUUUUUAGUCCUGCUCAUAUAAUGCCUCUCCUGGAGAUUAUACGAACAGAGAAAACUUCUCCGCAAGUUAUUCUUGAUCUCCUAACAGUUGGGAAAAUAAUGAAGAAAGUUCCUAUUGUGGUUCUUAAUUGCACUGGCUUUGCUGUUAAUCGAACAUUCUUCCCCUAUACGCAAAUCCCACAUCUUUUGGUCCAUCUUGGUGUGGACUUGUUCAGAAUUGACAGAGCGAUCAGGAACUUCGGCUUUCCUUUAGGUCCAUUCCAGCUUCAAGACUUGGGUGGAUUUAGACUAGUCAAGGCUUCUGGGAAAGAAUAUGAAAAUGCAUUCCCUGAUCGAACAUUCAGGUCUCCAUUGACUGAACUUUUGUUGAAAAAUGGACGAAAUGGCAAAAGCAACGGGAAAGGAUUUUAUGUUCAUGAAAAAGGAAGCAAGCCAAAACCUGAUCCAUCAGUGCUACCUAUUGUUGAUGAAUCUAGAAAGUUUAUGAAUAUUAUGCCUGGUGGAAAGCCUAUAUCAGUUACAGAUGAAGAAAUUACCGAGAUGGUAUUGUUUCCAACGAUUAACGAGGCAUGUCGUGUUUUGGAUGAGGGUGUCGUUGCUCGAGCAUCAGACCUUGAUGUUGCAUCUGUACUCGGAAUGAGCUUCCCAUCCUACCGUGGUGGUAUCAUGUUCUGGGCAGAUACAGUUGGGUCGAAGCAUAUCUAUUUGAGCCUCAAGAAAUUGUCAGAAAUGUACGGUAGCUACUUUAAACCAUCGAGUUAUUUGGAAGAAAGAGCCAUGAAAGGCAUGCCACUGAGUGUUGCAGUAGAAGCAAAAUCAUCUCUAAAAUCGAACUCAAAGUUGUAGUCCGACAAAAUAAUGGCGAUGGUUGGAUGAAAAGCAGUGUAAUACAUAUGUCUACUUAUUGCACGCAAAACUUAAAAAAGGAAAAAGAAAUCGGUGUUUGUCCUAGUUUCUGUUAGGAUUCAGUUAAUUUUUAUUCAGUAAAACUCCUAUUUUAUUGGGAUUGAAUCAAAAAUUCCAUUUUAUGGGGAUUGAAUAAAAACUCCCAUUUUAUUGGGAUUCAUGAUUGUUAGAGGAA